CAAAGCCAUUUCCAUGUUCUUUCUUUCUCUCAAGAAAACAAAAACAAAAACUAAGGAGACGAAGAAGAAGAGUCAUGUCAGGCGUGUGGGUGUUCAAGAACGGAGUUAUAAGACUUGUGGAGAACCCUAACCAGUCAGGAUCCGACACACAGAGCCGAAGGAAAGUUAUGGUCUAUUUACCGACCGGAGAAGUGGUCUCAUCUUACUCGACGCUCGAGCAGAUCCUCCAGAGUCUUGGAUGGGAGAGGUACUUUGGCGAUACAGAUCUUCUCCAAUUCCACAAACGGUCGUCCAUUGAUCUCAUCUCUCUUCCUAGAGAUUUCACCAAGUUCAACUCCGUUUACAUGUACGAUAUCGUCGUCAAGAACCCUAAUUACUUCCACGUCCGAGAUUCCCAUUAAAUCUUCAGUUUCUUUUGUGUUUUUGUGUGUGUGUGUGUUGUUUGGUUUGGUUUAUGAUUUAGAGAGUUUGUUGGGUUUUGUUUUUAGUUGCAUGUGCAUGUUUUAUGUGUUGUGGACGUUGAAAGUUGUGUGACGUAAGUUUGGUUUGAUGCAAGUUGAGAAAUUAAGACGGGACAUGGAUUAGGGAUAACUCAGUCUCAACAUUAAUUGUUGUCUUCCUUAGCAUGUUUCGAUUCCAUGAUGACUUGUUGUAAUUGAGAAGUAUUAUUCUCUUUGGCUCAGUGGAUCUC